CUCAAGAUGGCUGCCCCCAUCAAGAUGACCGGGGUGUGCCGGGAGGAAAGGGGCCGCAAGGCGAUCUGAGAGGUGCGGGCGGCGGCCCUGCGGUCCCUCUGGCCUCGGGAGCUCAGGCUGCAGCGGAGGGAGCGGGGGCGGCGGGAGGCAGGUCGGGCCAUGUGGAAGUUUUUGGGCCGGGGAAUCCGGAUGCGGGGGACUGGGGCCCGAGGGGCCGAGAGGGAGCAGUAGCGCCCAGCCCCCGGCCAGCCCCGGCCCCUGCCCCGGCGCGAGCCGACAUGGGGAACACACUGGGCCUGGCACCCAUGGGGGCUUUGCCGCGCCGGAGCCCCCGCCGCGAGGAGCCGCUGCCCAACCCCGGGAGCUUCGAUGAGCUGCACCGGCUGUGCAAAGAUGUGUUUCCCGCCCAGAUGGAGGGAGUGAAGCUGGUGGUCAACAAGGUCCUGAGCAGCCACUUCCAGGUGUCACACACGGUGCACAUGAGUGCCCUGGGCUUGCCAGGGUACCACCUCCACGCAGCGUACGCGGGGGACUGGCAGCUGAGCCCCACAGAGGUGUUCCCCACAGUGGUGGGGGACGUGGACAGCAGUGGCAGCCUCAAUGCGCAGGUCCUACUCCUCCUAGCUGAGCGGCUUCGGGCCAAGGCCAUCUUCCAGACCCAACAGGCCAAGUUUCUGACGUGGCAGUUUGACGGCGAGUAUCGGGGGGACGACUACACGGCCACGCUGACCCUGGGGAACCCCGACCUCAUUGGGGAGUCCGUGAUUAUGGUGGCUCACUUCCUGCAGAGCCUCACGCAGCGGUUGGUGCUGGGGGGGGAGCUGGUCUACCACCGGCGGCCCGGCGAGGAGGGGGCCAUCCUGACCCUGGCGGGAAAGUACUCGGCUGUGCACUGGGUAGCCACACUGAACGUGGGGUCCGGGGGCGCCCACGCGAGUUACUACCACAGGGCCAACGAGCAGGUGCAGGUGGGCGUGGAGUUUGAGGCCAACACCAGGCUGCAGGACACUACUUUCUCCUUUGGCUACCAUCUGACGCUGCCGCAGGCCAACAUGGUGUUCAGAGGCGUGGUGGACAGUAACUGGUGCGUGGGCGCCGUCCUGGAGAAGAAGCUGCCCCCGCUGCCCGUCACGCUGGCCCUCGGCGCCUUUCUCAGCCACUGGCGACACCGGUUUCACUGCGGCUUCGGCAUCACCGUGGGCUGAUCUGGCCGCCGCCGCCCCUGGCGGUGCCGGGGGCCAGGACUUGCCCCUCAGGGCCCACCCGAGGGGGGCCCCCCUUGAGAGCCAAGCAGCAGAGUGCGGGAUCGGUGGGCACCCCCAAACCGGAGCCACCUCUGUGGGGAGGCGGCCUUGCUCUGCAGCUCCGUACCAGGGAUCCGGGACGGGUGGGCGUCCACCUCUGUCCCCCCACCCUCCACCUCCGCGCCCCUCUUCCCUCGGCAUCCCGUGGAUCGAAGCUCCUAGCUCUUCUGCCCGAGCAGAAAGUGGGCCUGGGCCCAGUGCCCCAUCCCGAGCUCCUGGCGGCCAGGAAAGAAGGGCUACGUCUCUGACCUCAGACAGUGGGGUCCACCCACCCCAGGACACUCCGCUUCUGGCCGGCCUGAGGCCUCCUCCCACCCGUGUCUGUGCUUGCAGAGACCAAGCUGCAGAGACGGGGCCCUGCCCUCCUCCCCUCCACCCCCCUCCCCCCUGACGCAUGAAGAGGCAGUUACUGGUUUCAUAUUUCAUUGCCACCCCCCUGGGGGGGCGUGGUGCCCGUCCUGGCUCAGGGCACCCCUCGCAGGCCGGGCUCAGCUGUAGAUCUCCUGGAGCAGUGGCGUCAUGGCCCAGAAGGCCUGCACGUGCUGGAUCUGGUGCCCGACCGCGCUGUUGAUGCUCCGAAGCUCAACCAGCAGGCCCAGCAGCUUGGCGUACAGGAACCUGUGCAGGGCAGAGCCGUGGGGCUCAGGGAGGUGGCCGUGCCCACCUCGCCCCAGCCCUCCCCGGGCUACCCUGCAGGAAGCCCUGGACGAGGUGGCAGGCAGCGCAAGCCCCUCGGGCUCUGUGAGUCUGGCCCAGAAGGUUCUAGAAGGUGGCUCAAAAAGG